AUGUCUCCACCUCCUGUCUCCACCUCCUGCCUCCUCCUCCUGUCUCCUCCUAAUGUCUCCACCUCCUGUCUCCUCCUCCUGUUUCCUCCUCCUGUCUCCUCCUCCUGUCUCCUCCUCCUGUCUCCACCUCCUGUCUCCUCCUCUUGUCUCCACCUCCUGUCUCCUCUUCCUCCUGUCUCCUCUUCCUCCUGUCUCCUCUUCCUCCUGUCUCCUCUUCCUGUCUCAACCUCCUGUCUCCUCCUCCUGUCCCAACCUCCUGUCUCCUCCUCCUGUCACCACCUCCUGUCUCCUCCUCCUGUCUCCUCCUCCUGUCUCCACCUAAUGUCUCCACCAAUGUCUCCUCCUGUCUCCUCCUCCUUUCUCUACCUGCUGUCUCCUCCUCCUGUCUCCACCUCCUGUCCCCUCCUCCUGUCUCCACCUAAUGUCUCCUACUGUCUCCUCCUCCUGUCUCCACCUCCUGUCUCCACCUCCUGUCUCCUCCUCCUGUCUCCUCCUCUUGUCUCCACCUCCUGUCUCCUCCUCUUGUCUCCACCUCCUGUCUCCUCCUCCUGUCCUCACCUCCUGUCUCCACCUCCUGUCUCCUCCUCUUGUCUCCACCUCCUGUCUCCUCCUCCUGUCUCCUCCUCCUGUCUCCUCCUCCUGUCUCCACCACCUGUCUCCACCUAA